UUUACAAUUAAUUACGAAUUAUGGGUAUAGGCUCGGGAACUGAGUGCAUCUCUGAUACCUGUUGACGAAGUUUCUGUAGGAAAUUUACUCGAGCUAUUUCAUGUUUGCUCUCAUAUCAGACUUCUUAUACAGGAUCUACUACACGGUCAACACGGUCCACUCGUCCUUCGUCCUGAACACGGAAUUGAACAUCAUCUUCUACAAUUCCUCGGCUCAGCCGCCUGAUUCUUUCCUGAACCCUGACACGACGUCGACAACCUCAAUCGUGUUCACCUUCCUCAUCCUAGUAAUCACAGCUUGCGGGAUUGUUACUUCAUUCCUUCUAUUAUACGGACUUUACAAGGACUGCAAGAUGCUGUUGCUUCCAUGGGUGGUAAAUCUUGUAGUUUUCAUGAUAUUAGAUAUCCUCUACAUUUUCUACAAUCUUAUAGAACAUGCGCUGAAAUGGAACCCCUUCAUCUCUAUUCUCAUAAUGCUGGAUUUUUUCAUCACUUGUCUACACAUUUAUGCCUUAUUGUGUGUGAUAUCCCAAUACCAAGAACUAAAAGCGGGUAGAGGAAGGGCCUUAGACGACCAAAAUUAUAGGAUACCGAACAUCCAAUACAGCAACCAGCCAACAGCGACAAGCUAUCUCAGCACCUCUCGGCGUCCCAUGACAACCUGCGAUGCGCGUCCCACUCCAACCCAAAGCCCCACAGGAACCGCCCCGCCCAUCUCCUUCCUGGCCGAAGACACGUCUCCCAGCUCCAACCUGAAGACCAGGAAGUCCGUGAAGUUUCCGGACCACUCCAACCACCAGAACAGCGCCAGGAACGGCUCCCAGCUCCUGGAGCCGUGGACGAUAGAGCUGAAGCCGCCCCUGACGCCGAAGGUGAGCGGCAGUGGAAGUGACACGGCACCGUUGAUAGAAUCCGCUACCACGGACAGUUCUGGACAGCCGAAUUUGUGAAUAGUGCGUCCUCCCUACCUGGAGACCUCGUUCUAACCCUUGCGUUGUUCAUUCGUUUUGUGCAACGGAUGAAUUAUCGAAACUUUUAAGCGUACAGUGAUAAAGGGGUUCCUUCGAGAUGAGGGACUGUUUUGGGUAUGUGUUGUGCAUUAAGGAACCUACUUGGCGAUCUGACUUCUGACGUACUGUCAAAAUUUCACGUUUCAACUGUCUUAAAUCAGUAUAAACCUCUCCACCUCAAGAUCCGAAUUGAAAGGCGCACUUCUAUUAUGCAAGGUUCUGUAGAAGUAAACUGAACUUUUUCAUUUUCUCCCGAAUGCACAGAUAAAGAACAAUAUGGUUGUCACUGUUUUUAUAAAUUCGAGUGAAUGAAAUAAAGAAGUUACCUAUUCAACAUU